UUUACAACGAUUACAUAUAUACUUGGACAUGGACACGAGACCCCGCACCGUUGAAGAGAUAUUCAGAGACUAUAAGGGUAGAAGAACUGCUCUUAUUAACGCUCUUACACGGGAUGCCGACGAAUUAUACAACCUCUGUGAUCCAGAUAAGGAUGAUGAGUUGUGCCUCUAUGGAUAUCCGAAUGGGAAAUGGGAAUUGAAACUGCCAGCACCGAAUGUUCCUGCGGAACUUCCUGAGCCAGUUCUUGGAAUCAACUUUGCGAGGACCAUGGAGCGCCAAGACUGGUUUUCCAAUGUUUCUGUGCAUUGUACUUCGUGGUUGCUUUACGUGGCUUAUUACUCCGCUUAUAGUCUUGACCAAAUUCAAAGGCAACGUUUGUUUAGUUUGAUCAAUAAUCUUCCGACCAUUUCUGAAGUUGUGGCUAACUGGAAACCAACUACGGAGCAGCCCUCCGAGGGUAGUGCAAGCAAGCAUCAGGAAAACACCAUGAAUGAAGAUAUGAUCAUAAUACAAUGUGGAAGCUGCGCAGGAUAUUACAAUCCACAAGAGUUUUGGAUUGGCUGCGAUAUCUGUGAGUGGUGGUAUCAUGGGAAGUGUGUUAUGAUGAACCCUGCAAAGGCUGAGACCCUAAAGCAAUAUAAAUGUCCAUCAUGCAAUUUGAGGAGGGGCAGGUCAUAGACA